UUUUGUACCCGUCUCUAUAAAUCGGAUCAUUUUCAGCAUUUUCAUACAACUCUUACUCGUAAGUUCCUCGCUCCCUGACUGUUUUUCUUUAUCUCCGUGGAUUUAGCCUUCUGAGCGGCAGCCUGCAGUGGACUUUGCCCCGGGGAUCGCAACGCUUUCCCCCGGGUCACUGGAAGAGCCCGACAGCUGUCGUUCGUGUAACAGGCCACUGUUUUUUGAUGGAUUUAAGGCUCAGCUUCGAUUUUAGUCGGAUACACAUAAGCUGAAACACGCUCACAGACUGAUUUUUGGGAAGGAUACACCGGGAAAAGUGGCUCUCCAAAUGAGGAUUUCAAUAUUCGCUCGGAUCAACCGGGACAAGGAGUGAUUUCCACACCGGUGCCAAUUAUCACUGCGAGGACAGACCCAAAGCAAAGCAGGCUCCACGUUUACAGACUUUGGGGGUCUCUGAAGUUGCCAAUGCCAGCGAGUGGAGUGUGAGGCCCGGAAUAGGCUUCCAACGUUUAAUUUUCCCUUUUAGCCCACAAAACACGCACGUCACCCACAGAAGAUGACGCGGGUCUGCUUGUUCUGUAUUCUGCUGCUCUGUUUGGUGGUCAGAGUCACGGCCAGAACCACCGAUGGCUUAAGAAUAAAAGAUCUUCGGGUCACUAGGCCUCUGAUAGUUCCAGGUUACCCAGAGAACACCACAGCAGUGGUUGGUGGUCAGGCAAAGUUGAUGUGUAAAGUCCACAGACCAGGAAGCACAAAGGUGCAGUGGCUGAAGGUGAAUGUCAGCGAACCAGGUCAGAACCAGGGAGGACCCCCUGGCCUCAGGGCUCUGACGCCCCUGCAGAACAUAUCAUCCAAGGUGAAUACUCUCCAUCUGUCCAACAUCACUGUGGAGGAUGCUGGCGAGUACAUCUGCAUGGCUGAGAACACCCAUGCGGGACAGACAGUGCAGGCCAUGCAGUCAGCAUGGCUGGAGGUCCUGCCUGGGAUUAUCAUUUCCCAAACUGAGGACAUGCCUGCAACUAAAAUUCCCUCAGAUGUUCUCGAGGACUUGAGUGAGGACACCACAGAGCAUCUCCUGUUAGAGCCAGGCAACGUCCUAAAACUGCGCUGUGACAUGAGCACCCGGCCCGGCAUGGCUGUAAACUGGUACAAGGAGGGUGCACGUGUUCUGCCCACACCCCGGAUCCAGAUGCGAGGCGCCAUCAUGGAAAUCACAGACGUAACAUAUGAAGAUUCAGGUGUUUAUGUUUGUGUUCUCCGGGGAUCCAAAGAGCCUGUGAGGAACUUCACUAUCACUGUGGCAGACUCGCUGGGAUCUGGGGACGACGAUGAGGACAACGACUUGGAGGAUUCUUCAGCUGAGAUUGAAAAUGACCAAGUUUACUUCUAUAGAGGACCGUAUUGGACACAUCCCCAGCGUAUGGAGAAGAAACUCUAUGCUGUUCCUGCAGGAAACACAGUGAAGUUUCGUUGUCCAGCUAUGGGUAGCCCCAUGCCGAGCAUCCGCUGGCUCAAAAAUGGACGCGAAUUUAGAGGAGAGCAUCGCAUUGGAGGCAUCAAGCUACGACACCAGCACUGGAGCCUGGUGAUGGAAAGUGUUGUGCCCUCAGACAGAGGAAACUAUACCUGUGUGGUAGAGAACAAAUAUGGCUCCAUCAGUCACAGCUAUGUUCUUGAUGUUCUGGAGCGUUCACCCCACAGGCCGAUCCUGCAGGCAGGUUUGCCAGCCAACACCACAGCAGUGGUAGGCAGUGAUGUCCAGUUCCACUGCAAGGUCUACAGUGACGCCCAACCUCACAUUCAGUGGCUCAAGCACAUCGAAAGGAACGGCAGACGCUAUGGUCCUGACGGGACCCCCUACGUUCAGGUCCUCAAGACUGGCAGUCUGAACAUGUCCGAGGUGGAGGUCCUCUACCUGUCCAAAGUUACCAUGGAGGAUGCUGGAGAGUACACCUGUCUGGCUGGAAAUUCAAUUGGCUAUGCCCACCAGUCUGCCUGGCUCACUGUCAUUUCAGAGGAAGAAGCAGCAGAUGCUAUGGAAACAAUGGAGACCAAAUAUAGCGACAUAAUUAUCUAUGCUUGUGGAUUCCUGGCUCUGAUCAUGGCCAUUGUCAUCGUGGUGUUGUGCCGAAUGCAGGUCAACCCCAGAAGGGAGCCAUUUGAUGCACUCCCAGUGCAGAAGCUUUCCAAGUUCCCUCUUCGCAGACAGUACUCAGUGGAGUCCAACUCGUCAGGGAAGUCCAGCGCAUCUCUGAUGAGGGUGGCUCGCCUGUCUUCCAGCUGUUCACCAAUGUUGGCUGGAGUCAUGGAGUUUGAGUUGCCCUAUGACCCAGACUGGGAGUUCCCCAGGGAGAAUCUAACAUUGGGUAAACCUCUAGGAGAAGGCUGCUUUGGUCAGGUGGUCAGAGCUGAAGCCUACGGCAUCAACAAGGACUGUCCAGAACAAGCCACUACUGUAGCAGUCAAGAUGCUCAAAGAUGACGCCACAGACAAAGAUCUGGCAGACCUCAUCUCAGAGAUGGAGUUGAUGAAGGUGAUGGACAAGCACAAGAACAUUAUCAACCUGCUGGGAGUCUGUACACAGGAUGGCCCUCUGUAUGUGCUGGUGGAGUAUGCUUCCAAAGGAAGUCUGAGGGAGUACCUGCGAGCCCGACGACCUCCAGGCAUGGAUUACACCUUUGAUGUGACUAAGGUGCCUGAAGAGCAGCUCACCUUUAAAGACCUGCUGUCCUGUGCCUACCAGGUGGCUAGAGGGAUGGAGUACCUGGCCUCUAAAAGAUGCAUCCACAGAGAUUUGGCAGCCAGGAAUGUUCUGGUGACUGAAGACAAUGUGAUGAAGAUUGCUGACUUUGGCCUGGCCAGAGGAGUCCACCAGAUUGACUACUACAAGAAAACCACCAAUGGACGACUACCAGUGAAGUGGAUGGCACCAGAAGCUUUGUUUGACAGAGUCUACACUCACCAGAGUGAUGUGUGGUCAUUUGGUGUAUUGAUGUGGGAAAUAUUCACACUGGGCGGUUCACCGUAUCCUGGUAUCCCUGUUGAGGAACUUUUUAAGCUGCUGAAGGAAGGACAUCGCAUGGACAAACCAUCAAACUGCACACACGAACUCUAUAUGAUGAUGCGUGAAUGCUGGCAUGCUGUUCCCACCCAGAGACCAACCUUCAAACAGCUGGUUGAGGAACUGGACAGGGUGCUCCUGUCCAUUUCUGACGAGUACUUGGAUCUGUCAACGCCUUUUGAACAAUACUCUCCUUCAUGCGAGGACACAUCCAGCUCCUGCUCCUCUGACAACGACUCAGUUUUUACCCAUGAUGCCUUAUCCACCGACCCCUGCCUCUUGGGCUACCAGGACGUGCACUCUCGGAUAGACACGAAGACGGCUCUUCGAUAGGCGCACGAACACCACACACGUACAAACACAACACUACAGUUGGGAAACACUACUUUGGGCUUUUGAAUGAAGUAACAUCCUCUGGCUACCAAACUGAAGGACUGCUGCUCCUUUCUAAAGGUAAAUUAAAGAUUUAUUCAUGCGAUGUUGUUCAUUGGACCUCCACUAUGGCAUCCGACAAAGCCCUGGAAUAUAGAUAGCAUUUGUAAACACACGUACACACACAAAUACAUGCACAGCCACACACCUCUGCACAUGGAGCACCAAGGACACUACGCUUGACACCAAGGUGGAGUUUUGAAGUGUUACAUCAUGGACAGAAGAAAGGAGGACAAACCAAUCACGGUACUUUGGACUAUCAGUUGUGGAACAGUGCCCAAGAACAGUUUUAGCUUUGGAGGCAUAAAACUCAACAGAAGUGACCCUGGUACUUGAAAUGCCUUUAAGUGCUUUCUCUCUUUUGAGGCAGCAGACAAAGAUCUCCUCCACAAACUUGACCCACAACCAGGGCUGGAAAACCUCGGUCAUAAAGACAUUUUGACAAAAACAAAAAAACAAAAGAUUUAUUUUGCUAUCAUAGAAGAUAAGAAACUGAUUGUUAAAUAUAAAUCUGUUUAUAUAAGAUUAUAUUACUUUUGUGUUGCUUAUUUAAGGAGAAAACAGUCUUAAAUCUCAGGAUCUCUCAUGCUAAGAAGUUGCUGUAGUGGCAGCAAAGUGCCUGAAUCGAUGAUUUCCUGUGAAUAUAUUAGAAUAUUAAACUAUUGUUAUGUACAUAUCAACAACAGAAAGACAAUUGCCUUUUAUAAAUUAUUCUGAAUGACACAACAAGUGAAGGCUAUUGGGGGCAAAAGAAGAGAGGAAUUUAAUCAAGUGCCAAACCUGUCAUGUCGUGGGCUAUCUAUUUCUUUCCAAAAUACCAGCUUAUUCAUAUUUAUCUCCAACAGCAUCCCUAAAUCUAAGAAAGCAGAUCUUAUUUUGAAUUAUGACUGAUUGACUGAGAUAUGAAAAAUCCAUUAACAAUUAAAGCCUUAAGUGCUUUUGUGGCAAGAAAAAAAAUAGAUAGCUUGGGCCUUUAAGCAUGACCUCAGCUUGGGAAAUUUGGGAACAAAGUCCGCCCCCCCCCCUCCCAGAAUUUUUCUUUUUGUUUUUAAUCUCAAGUCGAAGACAAGGUUCAAAACCACAAGAAGACAGUUGAGAUAAGUUUUGAACGUGUCUCAAAGAAGCAGAGGUUGCGAGUGUGGCUUGUUUACUCAUGACCUUUGAGGCGACAUUACGUGGUGCUCCUUUAACAACAGCUCUACUCUUACAUGAAUGCUCCGUGAGGGACAGUGUGUCCAGGGUGGGACUCGUUCUGAAAGGAGCACUGACGAUUUUAGCAUGAAGACUCUGUUGGGAGCUGGCCCAAGCCCAGUGUCACUGCUGAGCAGCAUGGGGAGGGUGGGGGACACUGAAUGUGAAAGCCUGUGUGAUUGAUUUCAAAUAAGGGAGGAGGGGGAGGGACACCUAUUGUCUCCGUGUAACCCUUCACCCAGCCAGAUCUGUUGGCAAUAGGUCCUCAGGUCCGCAGCCUGGCUGGACAAUGAAAGCUUUGCAGGCUUAAUGGGUGUGACUACAGACCAGAGGGAGUUUGGGGGUGGUGUUGUGGGCAUAGCUUGGGCUUGUGUGCAAAUGAAGAGGCUCUUAUUAUGGUAAUAUCUCCUCUUCUCUCCCUAUCUUUAUCCACAAAGCCUCCAUCUUUUAAAUUACAAAUCUUAAUUCAGAUUUGCAGCCCCACCACUGCCACCAGGACCAGCUGUAGAAAAUUCCCCUGUGGGCUAAAAUGCCAACUGAUUCUCAACCCACCUCCUGGAGCUGACUGCAGACAAACCUAAACAAUAUUUGCAUCGCCAGCCCAAAACCUUCAUAUCUUUAAUAUGUUCAAAUAGAAAAAAGGAGGGUUUUACUUUAAAAAGAUGCUGUAAAUUCAUCAAUCAGUUUAUUGUCUUUGAAGAAAAACAACCAUCUUGUCACCAAAGGAUUCAUGUAUGGCCUCUUCUCAUGUUAAGCUAUCGCUCAGCUUCUACGUCAUUUUGAAAAGACGUUUUAUCCACAGUGUUCAAAAAGCAUUGAUAUUUUUACAUUCCUGUUACCUGCUCUUCUCUCAAAAACGAAUUGUAAACAAUCAUGGCAUUCUUAAACAUUUC